AUGGAGGAACCUAUGACGCGUGAAGCAGUCAUGGCUAAAGUGAGCAUGAAAAGUGCCAUACAGUGGUGCACAUAUUGCAAGGAUAUAUGCUCUUCAGUGAUGUGUUCAAUGACCACACAACUGGGAGGACCCAAUACUGUUGUGGAGGUGGAUGAAACAGUUGCGGUCAAGAACAAAUUCGGCAGAGGAAGACCGCAUUCCACCAUUUGGAUGUUUGGUAUGUACGAUCGGAAUCAAAAGAAAGGCUAUUAUCAACGGGUUCCUGGUCGUUCUGCUAACACCCUAAUUCCCAUCGUACAACAAUGGGAUUGUUCCAGGAACGACAAUCCAUAG